AUGACUAAAGACACAGACCAAACCAACUGGCUCAGAGCAACAGGCUCAGAGCCAAAGACACAGAGAAACAGGCUCAGAGCAACAGGCUCAGAGCAACAGGCUCAGAGCAACAGGCUCAGAGCAACAGGCUCAGAGAAACAGGCUCAGCGCAACAGGCUCAGAGCAACAGGCUCAGAGCCAAAGACAGAGAGCAACAGGCUCAGAGCAACAGGCUCAGAGCAACAGGCUCAGAGCAACAGGCUCAGAGCCAAAGACACAGAGAAACAGGCUCAGAGCAACAGGCUCAGAGCAACAGGCUCAGAGCAACAGGCUCAGGGCAACAGGCUCAGAGCAACAGGCUCAGAGCAACAGGCUCAGAGAAACAGGCUCAGAGCAACAGGCUCAGAGCCAAAGACACAGAGAAACAGGCUUAGAGCCAAAGACACAGCGAAACAGGCUCAGAGAAACAGGCUCAGAGCCAAAGACACAGAGAAACAGGCUCAGAGAAACAGGCUCAGAGCUAAAGACACAGUGAAACAGGCUCAGAGAAACAGGCUCAGAGAAACAGGCUCAGAGCAACAGGCUCAGAGCCAAAGACACAGAGAAACAGGCUCAGAGAAACAGGCUCAGAGAAACAGGCUCAGAGCUAAAGACACUGUUCGUGGCCACUGGACUCAAUAA